UCAAAUCAGACCACUGAUGAAAACCAGGAUGCAACUAUGGGAUGCGGUCGGACAAGUGCGCUGAUGCUGGGCAAAUAUUUCAGUUUUCUUUAAUAGCAGAGAACACCAAAACAAAAAGGACUCAACACAAGGAUUUAGAUGGCUCCACACGAAGAUGUGCUCGUGAAUACCAGCACGAGAAGAGACACUGAGACAAAACCAGAAAACAGCGAUGCUUCAUCAACACAAGCAGAGCUUUAUUUGUUUUCGUCGCUUUUCUCACAAUAAACACGAGAAUAAACCGAGAAAAACAGAUAAUUUAACACUUCCACUGUCUGCUUAUCACACGCGCCUGGAGUAAUGAUUUGUGCGGUACUCUAAUCGCAGUAACAGACUUGAAAACCUCCGUGUAUGAAGACAUAUCGAAAAGGAAAUAAGUGUGUACAGUAGGUCUGACAGCUGCAUCACCAAACCCGUGUAUGUUUUACCUGUAUCGACACUUAUAAUUACAGAAAUGACCAGCAGAUUCUCUUUUUGUACGGAAUAUUGUUCUGGUUGGACUCAAAUGAGCAGUCAAGACAGACAUGGAUUAGCGCAACAUCAACCAACACACACACAUCUCCUGUGGUGACACCGGUUAGACAUGGUAGUUUUACUGAGAAAAACACAUCUACGCUGUACAAGAUCAACACUGAAUGGCACCAGUCUGAAUUUUCCACUGAGUGGGUGAUGUUACUGUGAUGAGGAUGCGCUUUCCUCUGAAGAAGAUCCGCAAGCAGUUCAAACUCCUUCUGCUGCUCGUUUUGCUUAUGUUUGCCAUUGGGUUCACGUAUCUUCACAUCAACCAAGGCAAAGCCAUCAAACUCCACUUCAACUAUGGGAAAGAUAUGGAGAAGCAGGCAGACGGGAUAGGGUUCAGUCAUAAGAAACACUUACCCUCAUCUCUCAUCCCCUUUGAGCAUGACGAUGCUGCUGACAGUCAGGAGGACGGCUGGGGGAGGGAAGAGCUCAAUGAAUCUGCUCAGGAGAGCCGUGCCAACGCUGAGAUGCACAGACUCCUCGGCCAGAAGUUCCUCAGGUUACCAUGGAAACCAGAGUAUAAAGGUCAGGCCAAUCUGCAUGUGUUUGAAGACUGGUGUGGCUCAUCUAUCUCCCAGCUCAGGAAGAAUCUUCAUUUUCCUCUCUACCCACAUACUAGGACCACAGUGAAGAAAAUUGCAGUGGCUCCAAAGUGGAAGAAUUAUGGCCUUAGAGUCUUUGGAUUCAUUCAUCCUUACAAAGAUGGGGAUUUCCAGUUCGCAAUAGCAUCGGAUGAUAACUCUGAACUGUGGCUAAGCUCAGAUGAGAGUCCACUCAAUGCCCGACUCCUGGUGUAUGUGGGACAGCACGGCUCAGAGUGGACAGCUCCAGGAGAGUUCAGCAAGUUCAGAUCCCAAACUUCCAAACCUGUGCGUCUUAUGUCCUCGCGCCGAUACUACUUUGAGGUUUUGCACAAGCAAGAUGACAGAGGUUCAGACCAUGUGGAGGUGGGGUGGAGACCUUUCCUUCCUGGGCUGAAGUAUGAUGUCAUUGACUCAGCCUAUAUCUCGUUGUACACAGAUGAAUCCAGUCUGAAGAUGAACAGUGUUCGUCACAUCCCACAGACACUGGCCAGUCACUCUCUCGCUCUACAGGUUAAGCAGCGAACAGAGACACAUUCUGCAGACAUGCUCAAACCAGACCCACGAGACUCCUUCUACAAGAUUCCCAUGAUAGAUCAGUCCAGGCUGGAGAAUGUUCUACCAUCUUGUGUCUACUCUCCUACAUAUGUGGUGAAAGACUUCCCUAUCGCACGCUAUCAAGGCCUGCAGUUUGUCUACCUUUCCUAUGUAUAUCCCAAUGAUUUCACCAGACUUACUCAAAUGGAGAAAAAGAACAAAUGCUUCUAUCGAGAGUCCCCUGUCUACUUAGAAAAAUUUGGCUUCUAUAAGUACAUGAAGAUGGAUGAGGAGGAGGAUGACCAGCCUGUUUUCUUCCCCAAACCUGAUGAUUUCCUGGAAGAGGAAGAGGGUGUCGACCCAGAGGAGACUAUCAUUUCCAGCAACCAGCCAGUCAGGAGGACCAGUCCACCCUAUCAGAUGUCAAGGAUUACAGCCUCCUCAAAGCCUGAUAGAUUAGACAGGGGUUCAAAGAGCUAUGUCUUACAGCAAGAGAGGCAAUACAGUCAGUUAAAAGAGCAAGAAAGGAGUAAAAGAACUAAAGGGGAAAGGUUUUAUAAACACUCUCUGGUAGUGGAUGAUGAAAUGACAGAAAUAAGGCAAAGCCAGGCAAAGGGUAGUGCAGGUGCAUUAGAGUCUCAAAGUGGGUCUCUAAAUGAACAGACAGGAGCGAGCGAGGAGCACGGAGACUCCCAAACAUCUGCACUGGUUCAGAGAGGGCGUUCUUUAACAUGGCAGCUUCAUGACACGGGACUGCCAAACAAGAGUAAACUUACAGAAACUGCUAGUCCACCUGUGAAGGGAAGCUCCCUCUUUAAGCUUCCUCAAAAGUCCUCUCUCUAUGUUUUGGCUAAUAGGAUUUUAGGUAGCGCAGGCAAGCCUGUGGUUGGGACCAGUGUGGAGAAAGAGACUAAUACCAACAAAAUUUACAUCACUAGACCCCGUCCACCAGUAAGCAGACCAAAGCCUCCUGUGGAAGUGUUUCCUGGUGUCUUUCUUUAUCAAUCUAGAAAGACUAAGAGGCUUGUGGAUUUAAGUUCAAAAUGGAGGUCCUUAAAAACACAAGCAGCUGCUUCUCUCCCAUGGCCGAACUUCUCCUUAAUGGGGCAUAAGACUUCCACCCAAACUGCCCUGUUAAAGCACAGCCAUUCUUCCUUGCCUACAGAGCCUGGGCCUCAUAAUAAGGGUGACCCUACCGCCUUCAUAUCAGAUCCAGACAGCUUGCCCCCAUCAAGCUCGGAAAAGAGAGGCCACCCUGGGCUAAACUCGUCUGAGAACAGCCGGCCUCCGGUGGUGCAGCCAACAAAGAUCUCGGAAAUGCCAGGGGGAUCGGACAUGGCUCCUCAGAGCAGGGGUCUUGAAGAAGGAGAGAUGUCCGAGUACAGUUAUGAGGAGGCCGAAGUGAGGCCACUUUUGACAGAGGAGGCCAUCAACUGGCAGCGCACCUUCAGCGUGAACCCUGUGGACUUUGAGCUGCUGAGGUCAGACUGGAAUGACCUGAGGUGUAACGUCUCAGGAAAUCUGCAGCUCGCAGAGAGCGAGGUCAUUGAUGUGAUCUCACAGUACAUGGAGAGGCUGAACGAGCGGAAUGGAGGGAUCUACACUCUGGUCCGAAUUGUAAAUGUAGAGAAGCGGAGAGAUUCAGCCAGGGGAAACCGUUAUUUGGUGGAACUAUUGUUGAUGGAGGGAGGAAAAAGAGUGGUGCGCCUGUCUGACUACAUCUAUCUUCUGUUGCACCGCAGUCGACUUGAGGAGGGAAUUGAAAGCAGAGAAGGAACUAUGCCCUCGUCCCACCAUACACCCUCCAAAACCCCACUGCCCAGUGGUUCCAGUACCCAAACACAUAACACCACACUCUGGAGCACCAGCUGGGCCAAACCCCUGCUCUGCCAGCCAGCCAUGUUAGAAUGGAGACAUGAUGUGAUGGUACACUUUGUUGUACCAGUAAAGAAUCAGGCUCGCUGGGUGCAGCAGUUUAUCUCAGAUAUGGAACUCCUGCACCGUGAGACCAAGGAUGAGAAUUUCAGCGUGAUCAUCGUAGACUUCCAGAGUGACGACAUGGAUGUGGAGCAGGCACUGAGGAAGAGCACUGUGCCCAGGUAUGAGUAUCUGAGACGUGAAGGGAACUUUGAGAGAUCGUCUGGCUUACAGAUGGGUGUGGACAACAUAGAGGACAGUCACAGCAUAGUGUUCCUGUGUGACCUGCACAUCCACUUCCCUCACAAUAUCUUGGAGACCAUUAGGAAGCACUGUGUGGAAGGCAGACUGGCUUUCGCACCCAUCGUCAUGAGACUGGACUGUGGGAGCUCACCUCUGGAGCCGGAUGGCUUUUGGGAAGUGAAUGGCUUUGGCUUGUUUGGAAUUUAUAAAUCUGAUUUUGAUAAAAUUGGUGGGAUGAACACAGAGGAGUUUAAAGACCGCUGGGGAGGAGAAGACUGGGAGCUGCUGGACAGGGUUCUGCAAAAUGGACUAGAGGUAGAAAGAUUGCGACUAAGGAACUUUUACCACUAUUUCCACUCCAAGCGGGGCAUGUGGAAUAUUCCUAUUAAAAGACCAUCUCAAGGAUAAGAGAAGAGCACUGAGGACCCUGCUGUUGUUUCUGGCUGGCUGUGUGUGUGUGGUGGUAAAUUCUGCCCCAGAUGACGCCCUUACAUUGGAACAUAGGCCUGCCGCACUGUGUUUGACGUGAGCGCUGGACUUUGAUAUUUGGACUUGGACAUUUUACUUAAGGGCUUUGCUAAAGUUCAUUUAACUUUUAAUUGAUGGGUAAAAUAUAAAUCUCCGAGGACACCAGGAUCUAACAGUGGAUAAUUGAAGGCACUUGCACAUGGGACAUUUUUAAAUGCUUCUUUGCCAAUCUUAAAAUUUAGAGAAAUAUGAAGAGAGGGGGUUGUCCAAUAUUCUGCAGUUUGUCUCUUUAUUGCAAACUUACUGAGUAGUUUAAAAUAGUGGAGGUUUACUCAAAGUGAUUAUAAUAGAAGGUGUAAAAUAUAUAGAGUACUAGAUCUAUACAGUAAUCCAGACAAGUUUUGAUGAAGGGAUAAUUUCUGUGAAAUUGUUUGUAGAGGAUUUAGGUAUGUACAUUUUCCCUGUUAAAUUUUCUUAUUUUGAAGAAUAAAUAAAGUUCAUUAAAAUGA